CUAUGGUGUAUUAUGGCUGUCUAGUCGAUCGUCAAGCAAAAGACCGUGUAUUUUCUUAAGUUAAUAAUUUUAAUAAACUCUAUUUUCUAUGUAAGGGAAUUGUUAAUAGUAACUCAAGAACCAAGUAUGGCAUCAAGGGGCUGAGGAUUGCUUAAAAUUUGGAGCAGUUCUCGAUUUUGAGUGCUCCCGGAGAGCAGCCCUCCCCGCCCGCUUCACCCACGCUGCCCAGUGACGUAGUAACAUGGCGCAGGUCGGAGCCAACAUGGAGUACCAGGAGUACAAGUGGGCCUACUCAAUCAUGGACUCGUCAAAGGUGUCAGCAUGCCUCAUCUCAAUGCUACUGAUAGUGUACGGCAGCUUCCGGUCCUUGAAUAUGGAGAGGGAGGCGCGCGAGCGGGCGGAGAGGGAGCGAGAGGCGACGCUGCUCGGUGGCAAGCCUGUGCCCUCCUGCUCACACAGCAGCAGUUUCGUUCCAGACGUGCAGACGUUGAACACGAUGCAGGCGCUGUGCUUCCCGCUCGGCUCCUCUGUGGCACUGCUCAUCAUGUUCUUCUUCUUUGACUCCAUGCAGACCCUCGUCGCCAUAUGCACUGCCAUAAUAGCGUGCGCGGCGCUGGCGUUCCUGCUGACGCCGCUGUGCCAGUACGUGGCGGGGGGCGCGGGUGUGGGGGGCGGGGCGCGCGCAUGCGGCAAGUACUCCGCCCCGGAGCUCGCCGCCGCACUCCUCGCAGCCGCCAUCGUCGCUGUGUGGGUCCUCACUGGACACUGGCUGCUUAUGGAUGCAAUGGGCAUGGGCCUAUGCGUGACCUUCAUCGCGCUGAUCCGACUGCCCUCGCUGAAAGUGUCCACGCUGCUGCUGACCGGCCUCCUGCUCUACGACGUCUUCUGGGUCUUCUUCUCCUCCUACAUCUUCACUACCAAUGUUAUGGUCAAAGUGGCCACCAGGCCGGCGGAGAAUCCAAUGAACGUAGUGGCACGCAGAUUGCAGUUAGGAGGCGCGAUGCGGGAUGCACCCAAGCUGUCACUGCCCGCCAAGCUCGUCUUCCCCUCGAUGCACCACCAGGGACACUUCUCUAUGCUGGGUCUGGGUGACAUCGUGAUGCCUGGUCUGUUGCUGUGCUUCGUGCUGCGCUACGACGCCUACAAGAAGGCCACUCUUGUCUGCCAGAUGGGGCAGGUGCCCGGACCUAGGUCUAUGGGUUCCCGUCUAACGUACUUCCACUGUUCUCUGCUGGGCUACUUCCUGGGUCUGCUGACGGCGACUGUGUCCGCGGAGGUGUUCAAGGCAGCUCAGCCCGCGUUGCUCUACCUGGUGCCCUUCACGCUGCUGCCACUUCUCACCAUGGCAUACGUCAAGGGUGAUCUAAGGCGAAUGUGGAGUGAGCCGUUCAUCGCACCUAAUGGAAAAUCCGGCGCUGACUUUGACGUGUGAAGAAACAGAAAUUAACAAAUGUUAUAUCCCCCCCAGUAGUUGGCAAAUAAACCAACGUACAAACGUCAGCUUCCGAAAUAUAAGUAUGCUUCAUUUAUAGUCUACAUUAUAUUACUAUGACAGUGUUGCCAGUUUAUUCCUUUGUGGUUAGAUGUUUAAUAGCAAUAGACAAUUCUAAUCUGUCAGUUGUACAGCUUAGCUAUGGAAAUUAAAAUUAAAAAACAGAAACUUUAGAAGUGAAAUCUUUGAUAUUGUCUAUUGUAGUGUGAUAAUUUUAUGCGUUAAAAUGUCGAAAACUGUUUGUUCAUGGUUUUGAAGGAAAUAUAUCUAAAUUAUCAAAGAGUAAGUAUUGAAAUCAAUUUAGUGAUUGUUAUAUUCUCUCACUGGUUUACGGAUAAUAUUUAAGCAGUUAUGAUUAAAAUAAAUGUCAAAUUAAAACAAGAAAAAUAUAGAGAAAUCUUUACAUUAUCUACAAUGAUAUAGUGACAUCUGUCAGACGUCAAUGACAUCUGUCAGAAGUCAGUGUUACCAUUAUCUGGCAUAGUAAUUAUUUGUUACACUAUGAAUUGUUAUACUUAUACUUUUAAAAGAUUUUGAUGUUUCUUUUUGUAUUCAUAAAUAGGAAGUUGUUUGUAUGAAAAUAUGUUAAUAGUUACAUCGUAUUAUAAUUAUCACAAUUGGCUUAUAAAAUGAUUGUUAUUCAUUAAGUUUUAAUGUAUAUGGCUUUGAUCACAUUAUAUAUUAUAUUAAGGUAUAUAAUGUAAAGUUUGUAGAUGUCGAAUAUAAUUACAUAUAUUUACUUUCCGUUGUGAUGGAGUUGAACAAA